UUUCCUCUGCACACGCAGGUCUACUCAGAGCGAGCCCAUGCCCACGUGAAAAAAGCAGCAAAAGAAGAAGAAAUUGAGAAAUUUCACACACUCGUCUUGGCCUGGGGAAAUUUCACUGACUCAGAUGGAUGCCCACUUGCCCACCAACUCUAACAAAAAAUGAGGUAAUGGGUCAUAGAAUAUAAAAACUUUUGACCCAUCUUCUCACUCUUAUUGCAAGAGGCUUUUUUUGAGUUUUUUUCAGUCACACCUGCAAUUUCCUAAAUCUCUAACCUCACUAUUCAAUCUCUUCCAUUUCUUUUAUGGCUCUUCUUCAAUCAUCUUCCCGUUCUUCUUCUUCUUCUUCCAAAAGAGGGAAAUACGAUGUAUUUCUUAGUUUCAGAGGUGAGGACACCCGCAAAAAAUUUACAGAUCAUCUAUAUAGAGCUUUGGAACAAAAAGGCAUAUCCACUUUUAGGGAUGAUGAAAAACUUAAGCGAGGAACAUCAAUUGCCCCAGAACUCUUGAAAGCAAUAGAAGAAUCAAGGUUUGCUGUCAUUAUUUUAUCAAGGGACUAUGCUUCUUCAAAGUGGUGCUUGAUUGAACUAACAAAGAUUGUUGAGUGCAUGGAAAAGACAGGAUUGGUAGUUCUACCUGUUUUUCACUAUGUAGACCCUAGUGAUGUGCGGAAUCAUAGGGGGACUUUUGCAGAAGCUUUUGAUAAACACCAAGAGAGUUUCAAGGAUAACAUGAGAAAUAUAGAAACGUGGAAAGCUGCUCUAACAAAAGUUGCCGAUCUUGCUGGAUGGGAUUUAAAGGAUAAGUAUGAAUCAAAAGUUAUCCAAGAAAUCAUUGGAAGGAUAUGCCCUGAGUUGUAUCAUAAAUUCUCAAGUGUUUAUGAGGACCUUGUUGGAAUGGACUCACGUGUGGAGGAAAUGUUGGGUUCAUACUUAGGUGAAGGGUUGGGUGAUGUUCGCUUUGUUGGGAUAUGCGGGAUGGGUGGAAUGGGCAAAACAACUCUUGCACAAGAAAUUUUUAGUAGAAUUUCAGGUAACUUUGAAGGUAGUUGCAUUAUUGCUAAUAUUAGAGAAGAAACUGAAAAUCAAGGUGGUCUAGUUUCUUUACAAAAACAACUUCUUUCUCAGAUCCUCAUGGAAAGUGAAAUGAAAAUAUGGAAUGUUUAUGAGGGACUCAAUGUUAUAAGAAAUACACUACAUAAUAAAAAGGUUUUUAUUGUUCUUGAUGAUGUGGAUGGAGAAGAACAAUUAGGAGCAUUAGCAGGAAAACGUGAUUGGUUUGGUCCGGGGAGUAGAAUCAUUAUAACAAGCAGAGAUAGCCAUUUAUUGAUAAGAUGUGGUGUGAAUGAUAUAUACACAAUCGAGGGGUUGAGUGACAAUGAUGCUUUGAAGCUUUUUAGUUUGAAAGCUUUCCAUAAACCUCAUCCUGAAGAAAAUUUUGUAAAUUUGUCUAUGGUCUUUGUGAAAUAUGCUAAAGGCCUUCCUUUAGCUCUUAAAGUUUUAGGUUCUUUGUUGUUUGGUAAAACAAAGAAUGAAUGGAAAAGUGCCCUAAAUAGACUAAAAGCAGAAUUUGAUGAAAAAAUUAUGAAUAUACUUCAAAUAAGUUUUGAUGGGUUAAGGGAUACGCAAAAAGCAUUAUUUUUAGAUAUUGCGUGUUUUUUUAAAGGAAAGAACAUAGAUUGCAUAAGAGAUGUACUACAAAGUUUUGGUUACUAUCCAGAUUGCAAUAUUGAUGUUCUUAUAGACAAAUCUCUCAUAACUAUUAAGGACCAUGGAAUUUUAUGGAUGCAUGACUUGCUGCAAGAUAUGGGUCAAGAAAUCGUUCUUCGCAAAUCCCCUAGAGAGCCUGGUGGACGUAGUAGGUUGUGGAUUUAUAAGGAUAUUAUUCAUGUAUUGAAGAAUAAUACUGGAACCGAGGCAGUUGAAGGCAUAAUGUUAAAAGUUCCUAUUCAAAAAAUGGAACACUUGCAUGCUGAAGCCUUUUCAAAGAUGAAAAAUUUGAGAUUUCUCAAAAUUGGUAAUGAGGAAUUUUCACAGGACAUCAUAAAUAGUACUAUGCAACUUCCAAAAAGUCUUAAUUAUCUUUCUGACGAGUUACGCAUUGUGGAAUGGCAUGGAUAUCCUUUUAAAUCCAUGCCAACUAGUUUUCAACCAAACAAACUUGUUGAGCUCAGAAUGCGUUGGAGCAGCAUCAAACACCUAUGGAAAGGAAUUAUGGAUUUAGAUGAGUUAAGACUCAUUGACCUAAGUGACUCCCAAAACUUGAUUGAGAUGCCGGACCUUAGUAGAGCCCCAAAGCUUAAGCAGUUGAUUCUUCGACGUUGUAUAAGACUAUAUGAGAUUCACGCAUCUGUUGGAAAUCUCAAAUGGCUUACUCGAUUGGAUCUAAAUGGUUGCAAGUGCCUUUCAAGUCUUCCAAUUGUUUGUUGUUAUUUGAUGUCUCUAAAAAUUCUCACUUUGUCUGGCUGCUCAAAAAUUAAUAAACUGCCAGAGGAUUUGGGGAAUAUCGAAGGUCUUGAGGUGCUAGAUGUGAGUGAAACUGCUAUAACAGAAUUACCGUCUUCGUCUGUUCUCUUAAAAAAUCUCAGAGUGCUAUCUCUUCGUAGAUGUGAAGGCUUAUCAUCUACGUCAUCAAAUAAACUCAUCAGUUUUUUUCCUUUAAUGAAAAAAAGAAGAGUAGAUCCCACGGGCAUGUUAGGGCGUUCUCUUUCUAAUUUACGGUCUUUGACCUAUUUGGAUCUAAGUUAUUGCAAUCUUCAAGCAAUCCCUGAUAGUCUUGGUUGUUUGUCCUCCUUAACCAGGUUGAAUCUAAAUUAUUGCAAUCUUCAGGCAAUCCCUGAUAGUCUUGGUUGUUUGUCCUCUUUAGAAUAUUUACAUCUUAGUGGAAAUAAUUUUGUUUGCCUUCCUAAGAGUACCACUCAACUAUAUAAUAUGAAGCAUCUUUUUUUGCGCGGUUGCACACAUCUUCGAUCUUUGCCAGAGCUUCCAUUAAAUAUUGGGUAUCUUUGUGCAGAUGGUUGUACCUCAUUAGAAAUAUUACCAUUAAGACCUGAAGAUGGUCCUUUUCCGAACCUCUCUCUUCUCGGUUGUAAUAAAUUGAUUAACAAUGAAGACUACGAUGACAUGUUAUUAGCAAAACUAAGACAUCAAAUCAUUAAGGUCUCUCUCUCUCUCUCUCUCUCUCUCUCUCUCUCACUUGUGAGGUUCUAAAUAUAAUGAUUUUGUAAUUUUGUAUGUUUCAGGGAAAUCUCAAUUAUGAUAUUACAAUUCCUGGAAGAGAAAUUCCGAAAUGGUUUGGGCAUCAAAGUGAGGGGACUUCAGUGAAUUUGCAAGUGCCUUCAGAUAAAUUAAUGGGAAUCGCUCUGUGUGCAGUUUUUUUACUCCACCAUCAUCGUCCACUUCACCAACUUCUUUCAGAUGGUGACGUAUUUGGGCAUUAUCUUAGUUGGUACUUGAACGCCAACGGAGAUCAAAGCCGUCGGAGCCGCCAAGGCAUUUAUUUUACAGAACGGUUUGGUAAGAUUGAAUCGAAUUAUCUUUACCUGGAUUACUAUCACUAUAGAUACCCCACUCCGAUAAUGAAAGAAAAUUGGAUUCAAGAUGCUAAUGGAUUCGUUCAAAUUGAGAUUGGAUUUCAAACCGAAGGUCCAGGAUUAGAGGUCACAAAAUGCGGGGCCCAUUUGAUAUUGGAGCAAGACAUUGAAGAUCUGAACCAAACUAUGCGUGGGUGCAGUAGCAGCAGCAGGUGUAGCAUCACUCCUUAUGAGGAUGAUUUGGAAGAUUCAGCAGAAGAUACCAAAACUAAGUGAAAGGCAUGAUGAGUUACCUCUAAUCUAAUUGAAAGACUCAUUCAACGUCUGGGAAAUUGGAAUUGGAAUUUAGCACACAAGGACAAUGUAACUUUGAUUGAGAGGAAGAGAAAUCCCAGUGAAAGUGGUGGCUUUGAUGAAUUUGUACAGCUGAUAAUCUUUUUCCUCUGAAUUUUUUCUGAGACUUCCAGCCCUCCAAGCUCCUUCCAACUGCUUCCAUAUGAAUUGGCAAAGACUCAGACACUCAGUUAAUCUCCUUAAGUGAUCACCAACUUGCUGCUGCAAAUAACAAGUUUCAUUAGGCUAGGCUGCUGGCUGACUGAAUGUACUGCUGAACUAACCUUCCUGCUGGAUUAUUGUUGCUACUGCUGUAAUUGAAAUCAGACCUUUUGAUGCUCCUGCACCAAUGAAAAAGCCAAAGAAACUUUGUUGCAUAUAUAUAUAUAUAUAUAUAUAUAUUAUAACUACAAUUAAUUUCCCAAGCAUCUUUGUGUUUUCUGGUUUGGUGCUCCAUUUUACAGGACAUCGAUUAGUUCUGCUUGCUGUCAUUAUUGAUGUCCAUGUUGUAAAUUAGAAAAUAUUUACAAUGUUAUGCUAAUAUAUCGGCUCUUAAGCUGUCAACUGUUUUUGUUUUUUUUUUGGGGGGGGGGAGGUGUGCAGAUUGCUGUUGACACUGCCUCUCCUUCAGAUCAUGCUCAUGUCCAUACUGCAUAAGCAAGAGGAGUGAAAAACCAUACGUGAGGCAGGGAAUCCUCUACCUCUAGUCACUAGUAUUACUAACAUUGGAAAAAGGUGAACCAUGAAUCAUUUGUUCAUGGAUGCUAAUGGAUUCGGUCAAAUUGAGAUUGGAUUUGAAACCAAAGGUCCAGGAUUAGAGGUUACAAAAUGCGGGGCCCGUUGGGUAUACGAGCAAGACAUUGAAGAUCUGAACCAAACUAUGCAUGGGUGCAGCAGCAGCAGCUGUAGCAUCACUCCUUAUGAAAAUGAUUUGGAAGAUUCAGCAAAAGAUACCAAAACUGAGUGAAAGCCAUGAUGAGUAUGAUAGGGAUGAGAAUGGAACUAAUGGAGAAGGUACCUCUAAUCUAAUUGAAAGAUUCAUUCCAUGUUUGGGAAAUUGGAUUGGGAAUUUAAGCACACAAGGACAAUGUAACAUUGAUUGAGAGGAAGAGAAAUCCGAGUGAAAGUGGUGGCUUUGAUGAAUCUGUGCAGCUGAAUUUUUUUUUCCCCACACUGGAUACGAAGAAGUUGUUGGACUUUGUAGUUUAUUGGUGAGGAGAAACUGUGGCAUUGUCUGGAUCAAAGAAGAUAUGUGCAACAGAUAGCACACUCACGAUUAUUUUGUGGGGUAAAGACAGAUAGUGCACUCUUGUUGCUCUCUUGGUAUUCAAAAGGAAAGCAAAAAAUUAGGGCUGUUUUUCACCAGAGAGGUUGCCUUCCAUGUGUUUGUGUUAUUUUUUUCCUCACUUCAUCAAUCAUUUCAAAGGUGAAUGGAUGUGGCCAUUACAUUGAAGCUGAAAGGUGCAAGUUGUUGCCUAAGCUUGGCAGUGCAGAAGUGUGGGCUUCGUCUCAUAAUAGCAUGAUAAUAUUCAGAGUUCAAGCAAACGGGAGGACUGAAGUUGUAGUAGUUAUUGGUGUUGCUGGCAUGGACUGGACGCACAGAAAGCAUUGUCAUUGAUUAUGAACAAUAUACUUCUUCCCUUGUAAUCAAAUCUGUUGAGAUGGACCAUGAUAAAUUUAGUGUGAUGUAGUUUGUAUUUUUCUUCUGUUUGUUGUCAAAUGCAUGCUAAUUAUGUAAUCACUUGAAAGAGUUGUAUAAUACUAUAAUCUUUCUUGGGACAGAUAUUUCCUACCCUUUACCACAUUGAAGUUCUACAUGGCUGUAAUUAGAAGAAUAGAGUAUUUUAAUGUAAAAUUAAAUUGAAUUUUUCAAAA